CAUCCACGAUCUUCUGCGUUACUACGUACUUGAAUUGCAAAUUUAUUGAAAAGUAAAGUUAUGUCUUUGGACAGCAAAAUAUCAUCACCUCAUAGGAGGACACAGUUACAGACGGCAUUCUCAGUCUCGCCAUCCCUCAUGAAACAAAGCUCUCGAGGCGAUGAGCAUGAACUCGGGAGUUGUACAACCCUAUUCCACCGCCACCGCUUCCUCUUGAUCGCCCUCGGCCUUCUGGCAUUUCUUUGUACCAUAUAUCUCUACUUUGCGGUCACCCUUGGGGCCGCCGGCAGUGGCAUGUGUUCUGGAUAUACUGGCACGGAGAAAGUGGCUUGCCAUUUGGAACAUGGGAAGGCAUUUGCCAAAGGAAAAUUGAAAUUCUUCUAGCAAUAUAAUUUGAUGGUGGUCUUGAUCAGGUGUAUCACCAGGAUUGUCCCAUAGCUUGAUUAUUUAAACCGUAACACAGUCGGCAAAACAUUUGUAUUUAUUUAUCCGCUAAACUAGCAUCCGUUUAUAUUUAUUAUUAGGGAAAAGGAACAUAUAUGUCCCUCUAGUAUAAGCUUUGGAACACAUAUGCCCUUAUACUAUUUCUUAGAACAAAAAGCUUAUGAAUUCCUAAAUUUGGUCUAAAAAUACCCUUCACUCCGGAUCCAUUAAAAAUCGAGGCAAAG